AUGUCCCAGCAGCUGCAAGAACGCUUCUCCGACGGCACCGCGCUGUCACAGGACCCGGACUCCUCGCUCCUGGUCGACCCCACCGCGAUCAACCCGUCCGGGCUGGGCCCCGACGGCGACGCGCCGCUACAGGACCCCACGGCGGUCACGACGCGCGUGCGGCGGCCGCAGGUCAAGCUGACCGCCGAGAAGCUGUGCUCGGCCAAGGGCCUGCCCGCGGUCAUGAAGCACGCGCCCCGGAGGCUGCGCAUCUCGAAACGUAGGUCCUCCUACGACAACCUCUGCCACCUGCUGCAGUUUUACCAACUCUGGGCGCACGAUCUGUACCCCAAGGCCAAGUUCCACGACUUCGUGGAGCUGUGCCGCAACCUCGGCAAGACUGACCCGCAGCUGCGCGAGUACAGGAUCGAGCUGCUGCGGCAGGAGCUUGAAAUGGGCUCUGCACUCGAGGAAGGCGCGCCUGCGUUCCCGCAGGAGCGCUCACCAGCACCGGAGCCUACGCCGGACGCGCCUGGAAUCGCGGAUCUGCGCUCUGAGCCCCCGUCUCCCGCUCCCGCUCCCGCUGGAGCCGAUUCCGACGACGACCUGAUCUACAACAUCACGCGCCGCGCGCCAGCGAGAGUGCUUCACGACAGCGACAUUGACGAAGACUCCUUGAUGGAAACGCAGCCGCCGGCCAGCUCCACGGCCGGCGAUGCGCCGCGGAGCGCAGAAUCAGGCCCCGGCCCGAUCCUUAACAACAACAACAACAACAACAACAACAAUAAAAACAACGACGAUGACGACGACGACGAAGAUGAGGACGAACUCGCGGUUAUGCGCGAAAUGGGUUUGUAA